AUGUCAAACUCAACCCCAGGCUGUUCUGGAGAUCUCUCCCGUCCUCCACCAAAUAAUGCAGGAAAAGCUGCUAGAAAAAAAUCUUUGAAUCGGCAUUAUGUCCAUCUUGCUGUUGAUGAGAUUUUCAGAUUGAAGGGCAAAGAAGGUCUUGAAUAUGGAAUGCACCUUAUUUUCACUCAAGAAGGUGGAUUCUUCAGUACACCAGCCACGACUUCAGAAACUCGUCUUCUCAACCCUCAGAAUUUCGAUCGAUCAGAGGCUGCACAAGCCCAAACCAAGCUCAGUAACUCCAACAUCGACUAUAAAGUUGAUAUUAGUUUGGUUCCACCACAACCUCUUCCAAAGAACGGCUACAAGGUUGAUCACUUGAAGGGUAUUUACAUAAAAGCUAUGAGCAGCACAAUCCGCAAUGUCAAGAAAAGGGAAGUCCGAGAGAAUAAUGCUAAGCAAAUGGCCAGAGCUGAGGUGCGGAAAGCUUCAGGGUAUGUUGAGAAUGCCAGUGAAAGACAGAAGAAAGAGAACAAUGAAUAUCGUGCCGAAAUGUCUGGAACAAAGACAAGUGAUGAGAAGCAAGCAUUGGAAACCCUUGCGAAGCCACCACAAGAGCGGAAGAAAAUUGAUAGAAGUAGACCUGGUUGGGAGACGGCUGAAAAGAGACAGGAGGAUAGAAUUGGGAAGGACAGGAAAGCUAGGAGAAGAGCCGAAAAGCUACUGGGGCGAUAUGGAAAAUUGAAUGUUCGGGGCCAAGAAAGACAAGAUGGAAUUCAAUAA